ACCAUCGUUUCCUGUUCCGCCGAGAAACGGUCGGGUCGCUUCGGUCCCAUCUCUAGCCCGCCUGUUUCUCUAACGUUUCUGCGGCUUACGGGGUCGGUUGGACGGGAGGUUACCCAUAAAGUUUUACUGUUUGAAACCGGCCUGGAUUGGCCGUGCCCAUUAUCCGUUCCCUUGUUUGUCCGCAGUCCCUCUCGGCUAAAGGGAACAAGCUUCAGGGCGUCAUGGCCAGGGGCCGCCGCGGCCGGGCGGAGCUGAGGCCGCCUUUCGCUGCCCACGCGCUCCCUUGGCUCCCGGGUCCGCCGGCGUCCACCUCGGUCUGAGCGCAGCCCCCUCCGCGCCCACGGGCCGCCUCGCGCCGGACCCCAUGGCCUCCGAGGCGCCGCCGCCUCCGUCGUCUCCGUCGCCGCCUCCCUCCCCCGAGCCUGAGCUGGCCCAGCUGAGGCGCAAGGUGGAGACGUUGGAACGCGAGCUGCGGAGCUGCAAGCGACAAGUGCGGGAGAUCGAGAAGCUGCUGCAUCACACGGAGCGGCUGUACCAGAGCGCCGAGAGCAACAACCAGGAACUCCGCACCCAGGUAGAAGAGCUCAGUAAAAUACUCCAUUGUGGGAGAAACGAAGAUAAUAAGAAGUCUGAUGUAGAAGUACAAACAGAGAACCACCCUCCUUGGUCAAUCUCAGAUUAUUACUAUCAAACGUACUAUAAUGAAGUUAAUCUUCCAAAUAAAACAUCUGAACUCUCAGUUCAGGAAGAUAAGGAUGUUGAAGCUUCUACUUUUAAUUCUAAAGACCAGUCACACAUAGAAAAUGAUAGUUAUGCUGGUACUGAUAUAACAGAAAAUGUUAAUUUUGGACAAGAGGACCAUUUUGCCUCGAAUUCACAGGAGCCAGCGUCUGCGUUAGCGACAGAGAACACACCCUUAGGUGGCUCGUCGCUAGCUGAAAGCUUGAGAGCCGCCGCAGAGGCCGCGGUGUCCCAGACUGGCUUUGCUUACGAUGAGAACACUGGGUUGUAUUUUGAUCACAGUACUGGAUUCUAUUACGAUUCCGAGAGCCAGCUAUACUAUGACCCCUCCACCGGGAUCUACUACUACUGUGACGUGGAAAGCGGCCGCUACCAGUUUCAUUCUCGAGUGCAUCUGCAGCCUUAUCAGACUCCCGGCACCAAACACGGUAAAGACAGGAAACUGAAGAAGAGAAGGAAGGAUCCAGACUCUUCUGCAGCAAGUGAAGAAAAGAAUUUGAAUUCAGAAGAUCAGAAGAUAUCCAAUACUGAACAUAUAAACUGCAGUGAGGGAGAAGAUUUUGCAAACGUGAAAAAGAAGGCCAAAAUAGACAUUCAUUACAAAAAUAGCCCCCCCAAAUAUACUGUUCCAGUUAGUGCAAAGACUGUAGAAUCUCCUGUUAAUGAAAACAUUUAUACUUUGGCUUCAUUUAAAGAUGAGAAAAUCAUAGACACUGAUAGUGAGCCUGAAGAAGGUGAAAUUACAGACUCUCAGACCGAGGACAGUUACGAUGAAGACAUUACCAGUGAAGACAAUGCAACUGCAGAAGAUACUGAAGAUGAAGAUGAAGAAAAAAUCUGGCCCCCAUGUAUUAGAGUAAUUGUAAUUAGAUCACCUGUGUUGCAGACAGGAUCACUUUUUAUCAUUACAGCUGUAAAUCCUGCUACAAUUGGAAGAGAAAAAGAUAUGGAGCAUACUCUCCGAAUCCCUGAAGUUGGUGUCAGUAAGUUUCAUGCAGAAAUUUAUUUUGACCAUGACUUACAAAGUUAUGUCCUUGUGGAUCAAGGCAGUCAGAAUGGUACAGUUGUUAAUGGAAAACAGAUUCUUCAGCCCAAAACUAAGUGUGACCCUUAUGUACUCGAGCAUGGGGAUGAAGUGAAAAUUGGAGAGACUGUGUUGUCGUUUCAUAUUCACCCUGGCAGUGAUACCUGUGAUGGCUGUGAACCAGGGCAGGUUAGAGCUCACCUACGUCUUGAUAAGAAAGAUGAACUUUUUGCUGGUCCAACGCUAAGUAAGGAGGAAAAAGAGUUGGAAAGGAGGAAAGAAUUAAAGAAAAUACGAGUGAAAUAUGGUUUGCAGAAUACAGACUACGAAGAUGAAAAGGCAUUGAAGAAUCCGAAAUAUAAAGAUAGAGCUGGAAAACGUAGGGAGCAGAUUGGAAGUGAAGGAACUUUCCAAAGAGAUGAUGCUCCUUCAUCUGUUCAUUCUGAAAUUACUGAUAGCAAUAAAGGUCGGAAGAUGUUGGAGAAGAUGGGUUGGAAAAAAGGAGAGGGCCUAGGAAAGGACGGUGGAGGCAUGAAAACUCCGAUCCAGCUUCAGCUUCGGCGAACACAUGCAGGCUUGGGGACAGGCAAGCCAUCUUCAAUUGAAGAUGUUCACCUUCUCCAAAACAAGAGCAAAAAGAACUGGGAGAAAGCACGAGAGAGGUUUGCUGAAAAUUUCCCGGAAACUAAAUCUCAAAAAGAUGCACCAGGGACUGUGCCUUGGGUCAAAGGGACUGUAGAGUGAAGGUCAGUCAUAGAACACAAUUAAUCUUUUUUUAUAGAGUAUAGACACUCUUGUAUAAUUGCAGAAAUUUCCCUUCAAAAAGAGUCAGUAACACGGGGGAGCUGUGUCAGUUUACCCCUUCAUGAUUCAAAAAUUUGUAAUAAAGUGUGGUUUGCAGAGCUUUUAAAAAACAUUUUUAAAAACUAAUAAAUAGUGACUGAAUCAAGUUAUGCUGUGAGUGGACUAAAGUUCACGGGGCAUGGAUGGGCUUCUCAAACUUUGUUAUUUUAUUUUGUCAUUUGCAAGACCCAUAGAAACAACUAGUCAUAUAAGCAAAAUUCAUGUAACCACUAACUUAAAUGUACAUUUGUCUUUGUCUCCUUAUAAUCGUUAUUGUGAGAUGCAUAACAGAAGAAACAUCAAAAGUUUAUAAAAACAACUUGACUGUAUGCAUCCUUGUUUAUACCCUUUAGGACCUAGAUAGAAAAUGUUGAAAAAUAUAGGUAGUGGUGUAUACAUUAUAUUUGAAAUAAUUCAAGACAUUAUUGAAGAACUAAUGAACAGGUGACAUGUAGAAAAUCAGUCUUCCAUUGUUUUCUUCUGUGAAGAAUCUGUGGAUUUGUAUUGUAUAUUAAGCAUUUACAUUUGGUUUGUUUCAUAGCUAAAAUAUGAACAAUUGAGCACAGUAUUGAAAUGUUCAGUGUGCUGGCGUUUGUAGUUCUGAUAAAUCCCAUUCCUGGCAAUGGAGGUGUGCCAGGAAAAUCUGAUUUCUCCUGCAAAAGGAUUGCAUAGCCAAGGCUCCAGACUCAAGAUGCUUAUUCAAAAUAUCUUCAGAUGCAAUAAAAACAUUAUAACAUCAAAAAAAUUAUUCAUUGAACCAAUAAUUUAAACAUUCUGGUCUGCUUUGAACUCAAGACCAGGCAGAAUUUCCCUCUGUAAAGUGACAGCAUAGUAGUGAAACCAGCCAGGAUUCUCCUCUGAAAAUUGACAGCACAGUAAUGAAAGGAGAUUACCUCAGAUCUGGGGAGACUGCAGUGCAGCUUUCUGAGUGCAGGUGUCACUGCUCUGCCAGUUAGUGCUGUUUUUGUCCUUUGUGAUCAACUUUUCUCUCAGCUUUUUGCUGGGAAAUCAGUGCUGAAACUGAUCUUUUAUCAUAGUGAAUAUAAACUAUAGCUCUUUCAUCUACUAUAAUGAAAUGUCUUCAAGAUACAGAAAUAGGAAAGGAAAAUUCUGGGGAAAGAAGUAUGCAAUAGGAAAGAUAAUUCAGAAAGAAAAGCUACCUGUUGGAAUUUCUAAUCUUAAUGGUAGAGGGUACUUAAGAAGAAGGAGGGGUGUGGAAAGAAAAUGUAUUACUAAAGAUGAGACAUAUGAGCAAAUUUGUCAAGUCACUGCAGAUGGGAAAAUCAGAGGUCCUAUAACUCCAAAUUUGGAUUAAGUAUUUUUCAGUAUACUUCCUGGCCACUUACAUACCCUAACACACACACACACACACACACACACUUAUGUACCCUAACACACACACACCACACACCUGGCCACUUGCCUACCCUAAACUGGCCACUUACCCUAACACACACACACACACACCCACUUAUGUACCCGAACACACACACACCACACACCUGGCCACUUGCCUACCCUAACACAUACACACACACACACACACAAGACUUGGAGGCAAUAGGAGUGUCCUGGGUUAUUUUCUCUAAAAGUAGAAAAAUUACUUGUGUAAAUGUGGUUCUGAUACUGGUGCCCUGUAUACAAGUAAUAAUGUAGGACCUUCAGAGUAAACUUGCUUCUGAUAGGUCUCACUCAUUGAGUUAGUAUACAGUAGUCUAUAUAAUAUAUCCCACUUUUAUUACUAGAUUGAGGAAAACUUUUUCAUUGUUUUCCUUUGUUAAGAAAAUGGAAACUUGAAAAUGGUGAAAAAAAAUUGAUAUAUAUGUGAUAUUUGCAUUAUUAAAACCCUUUGCAGAUCUAAAGUCUCAGGGCUAUACUGUAUACUGGUUAAAGCACUGAAUAAUGUCUGGUUCUAUUUCUACUUGUGAAAUGAGAAUAAUAUUUAACUCACAUGUUUGUCUUGAAUAAAAAAUAACUAUGUAUAUAAAAGCACUUUGUAAACUAUGAAAGUAGUACAAAUGUGAGCUUCUGUUUGUUUAGAAGCAUAAAAGUGGAUUAUGUACAAUUUGAAUUAUACAUAAAAUUGUUUUGUGUCUAAUA